GCUACGCUAAAAUUGCAGUGUGCCAACUAAAACCCUAAGUCCCUUACUAAAGCCCGUUGAUUCCUCUCGCUUGCCUCCUUGCUGAGGCCCUGCGAGAAAAGAGAUCUCAGCCAUGGCCGGCCGAUGCCUUGGCACUCUCGCCCGGCAUGUACGGGCUCGUCUCAUCUCCACUGCUGCUCUGGAGAUCCCACAAACCUCCGUGAUCCUUCGAUCCCUCGAUCUCGCAAUCAAUCCAGGCUCACCUUUGAAUCUCCAACACGCUCCAGUGCGAGUCCGCUCUCUCAGUUUGAUUCGUGUCGCUAGCCCUCGAUUUUUUUCUUCCCGUCCAACGAAUUCUUCAGACGAGGAGGAAGAUGACGCUGAAUACGAAGAAGGAGAUGAGGAGUACGAGGAAGAGGAGACAGAACAUACAUUGGGUCCAAAAAGCAUCGGACAAAGUGGAAAAACAGAGGAAGAGAAGGUUGCAGAGGCGGCUGAGAUUGGAUAUAACGUGAUCGGCCCACUGGAUUCGUCGGAGAAUCCGUUCAAGUCAUACGAACCAUAUUUCGCUGUUGUUCAGAUUGGUUCCCAUCAGUUCAAAGUCAGCAAUGGAGAUUCCAUUUUCACUGAAAGACUCAAGUACUGUGAGGUUAACGAUAAGUUAAACUUGCACAGAGUUCUGAUGUUGGGAUCAAAAACACAAACAAUUAUUGGUAGGCCAAUGGUACCUGAAGCCAUGGUGCAUGCUGUUGUUGAAGAACAUGCUUUAGAUGCAAAAGUUAUCAUAUUCAAGAAAAAACGAAGAAAAAAUUACCGUCGAACCAAGGGCCACCGCCAGGAACUCACUAAGCUGAGGAUCACCGAUAUACAAGGCAUAGACAAAUCAGAAAUUGCUGCAACUGUUGCUUAAGUUUUUCAUAUUCAACAAUCCAAUCGCUGCCAUGCACCACUGAACAUGAAUACAUGAUGAUUGCAUUCAUGUGAACUUAGUGCUCCACCAGAACAGAAGUCGGGAAACCUCUGCCAAAAUCGUGCCCCAGAACUUUCAACGAUUCAAAAAUUUAAGUUUUUUUUUUUUGGCCUGUUUGGAAAUUGUGGUAGCUAACCUUUGCUGGGAUUUGUCUAAUUGAUCCUUUCUUGGUGAUUUCCAAAAACAUCUGCCUCAAUUUUCUGCCAUUUACUAUGUUUUCACCAUGUUCGCACAAACAAUGGUUUGCUGUUGGAACGCAUAAAUCUAAAUCUGGUGCUCAAUAAAAAAAAUUCAUAUUGUCUUAUA